AUGGAUCACAGUGAUGAUCGUGAUGGCACCAGUCGUGUUUCCUCGGCACUACCUCGGAAACGCCAAAAACUCGAGGUUCCAUAUCCUGCAAAACAAGCUGAGCUGGAGCACGCAUACAAAGAUAUCACAAAGCAUUUGAAGUCGAAAAAGACGGUGUUUGCUGGGGGUCCACGUGGUUUACAGGCACGUCGUGCACAUACUAUCGAGGUUCACUUAAUGCUUGUGGUCAAGAACAAGCAUAGUUUCAAGGUGGCCUCCGAAAUGGCUGCAGAGACCAAUGGGUUUGCUGCAAAGUGGGGAGGACGCCAGGUUCGUGGGUGGACUCGUGAGUGGAUGCGAACAAGAAUGCUUCCAGUUUCACAAUGGGGACGGCAUGCCAAGAUUUCGUCACUCCUUGAUGACCCUGCAAUCGCAUCCGAGCUCCGCACAUUCAUGCGCUCAAACAAAUGGUCAAUGGACCCUCAGAAGCUGGCGAAAUUCACCAAUAACGAACUUCUCCAUACCGAAGCAACGAAAUAUCUCGAGGGGCUUGGGCUGAAGAGAUACAUCGAGCUUGAGCUCUUUCCUCGUAUCCACAUGAAGGUUGGGCGUGGGGUAUCAUUGAGCACAGCCCCAAACAAUGGACAGUCAAUGAGCUGGGUGCCGGAUGGCGAGCACAAGCUGAGAAAGAAAGGAGCGGGUCGAGGAUUGCAUCAGAGUAGUAUCAUUUGCUCGACUGUUGGACAUCUCGAGGAAGCAGCACACACCAUUGAGUAUGGCAAAAAUUACGACAGAUACUGGAAUGGGGAAAUGUUUGUUGCGCAGCUCCGCAACAAAAUAAUUCCAGCAUUCGAACGUGCUCACGGACCUGGUUACCAGGCAUUGUUCCUCAUCGAUAAUUCUCAGGGACACUCAGCAUAUGCCGACGAUGCGUUGCUGAUCUCACACAUGAAUAUAAAUCCGGGGGGCAAGCAGGCACAGAUGAAAGAUGGUUGGUUCAUUGAUGCUGGUGGGCAAAAAGUUAUUCAGCCCAUGAUGUUUCCCUCCGAUCACCAUGAUCACCCAAACGAACCGAAGGGCAUCAAGGCUAGGUAUCUGCGCGAGAACUGCGAUUACACCUUCGAAACGCUCAAGACCAACUUGCCGAAGGCUAUGGCUUCCGUACGUCUCAGUACAAUCCGUUUAUGGGAACAUCGGAUGCACAGGUGGAUGAGUGCUUACCGGUCGGGUCUGGAGACGAAAACAGCACAGUUGCAGGUCAAGGAGUUCAGUUCAAGGAAGUACAAAUCUCAUAGACGUGUUCCGGAGACUCUUGCGUGUCUUUUCGACUGA